AUGGAAGAUUCUGGAGUUACCAUCGCCGCAAGCAAGCCAGUUGACGCAUGGGAAUGCACUCCUGGGAAAGAAGUAGUUUGGAAUGUAUUGACUUUGUUCACAACAUCUGGAAUGUUAUUUCUGGAAGUAAGCUUGGUAGCUUUUCUCUUCCAAGGAAACUACGCAAGUGGCGCUGAAGCAUUGACACGGACUUUUCUCAUCUCCGGGCUUGUUAUAGGUCUUGAUUUGCUUCUCAAGGCGAUCUAUCUCUUUGGAAUUGGGGUACAGUUGUUUAUUGACAACAAUGAACAUAUACAAAAGGUCAAAUGGGGAUUAUGGGUCAUCCACAAGCUCUUGCUUGCGGCCAUUUAUGGAAUGAUAUUCUUCAUGUACAACUCUAAGUGGAGAGAAAGAUUACCAGCAAGACCUGCUUUCUAUAAGUACAUAACCUGCAUGCUCGCCUUAAAUGGACUCUCCCUAUUUGCAUGUACUCUUGCGGCAAACGGCGCUCACUUUGGAUUAUGGUUGUAUGGGAUCACAAGUGUUUGUUAUCACGCCUUCUACCUUCCUCUUUUGUAUGUUACUUUCCUGGCAGACUUUUUCCAGGAGGAAGAUCUCAACUUGGAGAACGUCUACUAUUCAGAGAUGAAAGAUGCUGGAUUCUUUGACGCGGGUUGGGAGUAAUAAGAAUCCGUAGAUACAAUGUGAAUAGGACUGCUUAUAAAUCAAGCUAUUUUCACUUCCUUUUAGGGCCUACUCUUCUUAUGCAUGUGUAAAGACUAUAGACUCCUUGUACAUUAUGAUAUAACAGUUUGCUUAAUUCAGAAAAAAAAGGAACAAAAAUUCAUAUGUAAA